CACACAGCAGUCCGAAAGCCCUCACUAAACCACAGGUGCCUGAGCACAAAGCAUCGGCUUUGCCAGCAGGAGCUGCUGAGCCUUUUAAGAUGUGGAAAGCGGUCGUGGGACACGACGUGUCCGUGAAGGUUGAGGCUCAGGGGGACGACUGGGAGACUGACCCUGACUUUGUGAACGACAUCUCCGAGAAGGAGCAGCGCUGGGGAGCCAAAACCAUCGCGGGCUCGGGACGCGCUGAGCACAUCGACAUCCAUCAGCUGAGGAGCAAGGUGUCAGAGGAACAUGAGGUCAUCAAGAAGAAGGAGCUGGAAACUGGCCCCAAGGCCUCCUAUGGCUAUGGAGGCAAAUUUGGAACAGAGCAGGACCGGAUGGAUAAGUGUGCAGUGGGCCACGAGUACGUUGCUGCUGUUGGGAAGCACUCCUCACAGACCGAUGCAGCCCAGGGCUUCGGGGGCAAGUUCGGAGUCCAGCGGGACCGAGCUGACAAGUCAGCAGUGGGCUUUGAAUACAAGGGUGAGGUGGAGAAACACUCGUCCCAGAAAGAUUACUCCAAGGGCUUUGGUGGCCGUUACGGUGUGGAGAGGGACAAGGUGGACAAAGCAGCAGUGGGAUUCGACUACAAGAGCCAGGCAGAGAAGCACGACUCUCAGAAAGACUAUUCUGUGGGCUUUGGUGGGAAGUUCGGAGUCCAGAGGGAUCGUCAGGACAAGAGUGCCCUUGGCUGGGACCACCAGGAGGAAGUGCAGCCCCACACAUCCCAAACAGACUACGCCAAGGGGUUUGGAGGCCGUUACGGGGUCCAGAAGGACAGAGUAGAUAAGAGUGCUGGUGGCUUCAACGAGAUGGCAGCUCCCACCUCCUCAUAUGAGAAAACAAGGCCCCUGGAGGCAGGAGCUUCCAGUAGCGCCAGCAGCCUGCGGUCACGGUUUGAAACGCUGGCGAAGUCGGCGGAGGAGGAGAACAGGAGGCAGGCGGAGGAGGAGAGCAGGAGGCAGCACGCCUGGGAUGGCCCAGGAGCUCGGCAGAGGCAGGACAUUCCACAGAGGGAGAAGGACCACGUGGAGACAGCCCCUGCUGCUGUGCCAGAGCGGGGGCCCGGGAGCCGUGACCGGGACAGACCCUUGGCAGGAGGAGAGGAGGGGGCAAAAAGGGAGGAUGAGGAAACACCACCCACUUUGCCACCGAGGCCAGCAGAUCUGGGUGAAGAGCUGUGCAAGGUCCCCAGCCAGGAUCAGCCCAUCUACAGUGAGAGUUUGGAUGACAGUGGAGAUUAUGAGGAGUUGCUAGAGCCCUCUCACUACUGUGAUGGUACCAGUGGAGGUGAUGACUAUGAGGAGCUGCCAGCACCCUCGGGAAAGUUGGAUGCCAUCUAUGACUAUGGAGAAGAUGGAAGUGAGGACUACGAGGUGAUCCUUCCUGAGGAGCCCAGCCAGAGCCAGCCCCACCUGGGGAAACCAGACAGUGUUUAUGAUGUAGAGAGACCUGGGACGUGUGCAGUGGCUCUCUAUGAUUACCAAGGAGAUGGAGAGGAUGAGAUUUCUUUUGACCCUGAUGACACAAUCACACACAUCGAGAUGGUGGAUGAAGGCUGGUGGCGGGGGCAGUGCCGGGGCCGAGUGGGGCUCUUCCCAGCAAAUUAUGUGAAGCUUCUGCAGUGAAACCAGCACUGUCCAGGCUGCUUCCUUCCACCCUUUGUGGCUCUCUUUCCUUCAGCUUUUCACGUGUUGAUGGCUUAAUUUGGCUCAGCCUGGCAUGUCUAAGUGCAGAAAAUAGCAAGGAGCAGACUGUCAGUGUGUUAGGGAGCGUUUUGGCUGCACUCAGGAGGGCUUUGGUUCCCAUCCAUUUCCAGAUGGGAAGGGUGGAAUGGUUUAAGAGCAUGUGAGUGCAAUGUAAGAUGUCCAUAGGCUGUCCCACAUGCCAACCAGCAAGCUUGUGGAAGUGUGUCCUUUCCUGUUCCCAACAGGGCAACUCACAGGAGAGACACACCAAGCCUAGGUCAGUCAAGGCAGAAGGGACAUGAGCUACAGGAGAUAUUUUAAGUUGCUGUGGACCUGGAUCUCAGCUUAUCCAAGGGUCAAGUGAAGGCCAAACUUGCCUUUGUUCCCAAGAACACUAGUUGAGAAAUAAUUAAUAAAUAAUGGUCCCACCAGUUUAAUGAAUAAAUCAUAGGGUCACAGAAUCACAGAAUGGAGGGGGUGUGCAGGGCCCUGCAGAGCUGCUGCAGCCCCAGCCCCUGCUCCAGCAGCUGCCCCUGGCUCAGGGGGCACAGGAACGUGCCCAGGCACAGAAACCUCCCAAGAAGGAGCCUCCACACCCUCCCUGGGCAGCCUGGGCCAGGGCUCCCUCCCCUCAGCACCAAAGGACUUGCUCCUCCUGGGCCAGGGGCACUGCCUGUGUGCCAGCCUGUGCCCGCUGCCCCUUGGGCUGCCACUGCCCAGCACACACCAAAGUGUCACCUCCUGACCCUUUAAGGACCCUUUAGGUACUUGUCAUGUGUUGCUGAGGUGCCCCUGAGCUCAGGCUUCUGUUCCCCAGGCUGAGCAGCCCCAGGGCCCGCAGCCUUUCCUCCUCACACACGUUCCAUCCCCUCAGCAUCUCGGAGCCCUGAUCAUAAGGGAGUCAGAUAUUUGCUGGAGGGUGUGCUGGUCUGAGCUUUCCUGUCUGAGCAUUGCUAUUGCAGUUUGCAAUAUCCUGCUGAUCACACUUGUACGCAGCUUGGUGAAGAAGCAGCUCUACCACCUGAAGGUCCAUAAAGUCUGUAACUGCCCUUUGGGCAGAGUUCCUGUCAGCAGUGUCUGUGUCAGCAGUGUCUGUCACUGCUGUGCUGUCCCUUGCAGCUGUAAUAAACUGCUCCUGUUCUGGCCUGA